CCAUAGACAUAGACACACACACACGCACACACACACACACACACACACACACAUCAACACUGACUGGAGGCUGCACUUCCACAUUCCUCUCCGAGGGAGACACUCCCUCAGACCCGCAGGACGGGAGGUUCAACAGGUCCAGAUGAUGGGAUGCAGAGAGGAGAGAGGGACGCUGAGGGUGAUGUCCGGAUCCUGCGGUCAUGGCCAAACACUGGACUCCUGAUCCCCGGUGACCGGUGUCGCCAUGCCAACUGCGACGAUCCUCACGGCAACCGGGACUCCUCAGAGAAGUUGCUAGGUUGGCGAAGCAUAUCGACAUCUCUGUGGUGAGCCGACAUCGGGUGGAUCGCCUCCAGUGCUGCAGCAGAGAGACCAGGAGACAGAGAUGGUUCUCCUGUGGAGCGUCCUGCCGAUUUUCACGCUGCUGGUGGAGGCGGGUCUCGCGGCCGGCUGUGUGUGUCCGGCAGCCACCGCGCUGUCCCAGUUUCCGUCGGAGGUCCCCGCCGGCGCCUGUUGCCUGAACUUCUCGGGCUCCGCUCUCGGCCACGUGCGCUGGCCCGCGUUGACCAAUGAGACGAACAUAGAGACGCUGGACCUGUCCAACUGCAACGUCAGUUCUGUGGACGGGAGCGGCAGGGAGGCCUCUUCACUGCGGAGGGUUUACUUGGGUCACAACAGACUGACCACGCUACCAAAGGGGUUUCUGGCCGGCCAGCCCGGCCUGACGGAGGUGGACCUGAGCGGGAACCUGCUUCGGGAGCUUCCUGAGGGUUUCCUGCAGGACUCCGACCGCCUCCAGACGCUCUACCUUCAGGGAAACCAGCUGCGCCUCCUGCCUGGCUCUGUGCUGCGGAGGCCUGGCCUGCGACGGCUGGAGCUGGAGGGGAACCCCUGGCACUGCUCCUGUCUGUUGCUGGUAGCGCUGGAGGAAGGCAGGAAGGCCAACAGGACCACCAGGCUGCAGGACCUGGUGGGGAACCUCACCUGCGCGUCUCCCGCCCACCUGGCCGGCCGGAAUGUGUGGUCCGUGAGGCUCAGCGACGCGUGCCGGCCCGCCGGCCUCACCGCGCUCUUCAUCGCGCUGCCCCUCCUCAUCCUCGCCGCCCUGGUGCUCUGCUGGUGCUGCGGCAGGAAGAGGAAGAAGAAGGAGGCGCCCGCGUUCAGCAACUCAAGGCAGAAGACCCCCAAGUCCAGCUGCAACGGCCAGAAACAUCACGGCAGGCGGCCGCCGCCGGCCACCGAGCAGCGUGAAGCCGGGAGCGGCGGCAGUGAGGGGGCCCUCAAGAACCAGCUGCUGCUGCGCCCGGCGUCUGCCCUCCUGGGCAGCGCCAGAGACAUCUACGAAGAAGUGGAGAUCAAGCUGGGCUCAGCGGAGUCUCUCCCCCGAGUCCCCUCGCGCUGUUCUAGCUCCGCGGAGGGGAGGCAGGGCUCCCAGGAGCCCGACGGGGCCAGCAGGACGGAGCUGGACACGGUGAGCGUGACCGAAGUGAUGAAAGACUCCGCCGACAGGGAGCGGGCGUACCUGACCCAGUCCACUGAAUACUACAGCCUGGUUCCGGGCAUCGAGCUGGAGGACUCCGACCACGGGGAGUACGAGAAUGUCGACCUCUCGUGACACCAAUCCUGAAGGGAGGCUUCAACAUUUUGGGCAAUAUACUCAUUUGCCCUCUUGCUAAGAGAGGAAAAUGAGUCUUUAUGCUAAGCUAAGCUAAGCAUGUCCAGCUUUAACCUGACAGUCGUUCUAGUCUUCUCAUCUAGUUCUCAAAUAAGUGAAUGACUGUAUUUCCCAAAAUGACAAAUUAGUUCACUGUGUGUGUGUGUGUGUGUGUGUGUGUGUGUGUGUGUGUGUGUGUGUGUGAGAACAAGCCAGCUGGCUGUCAGCUCAGAGACAGUGUGGUCCGAACACUGUAGUAUCACAAUGUAAGAGGAAGUGAUUUAAUCCAGAGCUCUUCCUGUGGGGCCUGAGUGACGCAGGGACUGUUUGAAACGGAGGCCCACUUUUUUCUCCCUCUGGAAAAUUAAAACAAAACAAGCAAA